AGACAAUAUGAAUUGCGAAACGGUAUGUAACGGGAGGGAGGCUUUUAUUUUGAAGUGUCUAAGCCCAAAAGCCACCGGAAGUACGUUUCAGCACCGGCAGACUCUGGAGAGGAUGAGCCAUAAGUUUGAUGGGCCGCCACCCAAUUACAUCAAAACCUACCCGGCUGACAUCAGCGUGGAGGGCAGUCCGGCUGUCCUCCGGCACAAGGCCAUGUUGGAGCCCGAUAACACACCUUUUAAGUAUGUCCACCCCCCUCACCGACCCUUUGCAGAGCACCAACUGUUUUAUCUGCAGCUAUCUGUGACUCCUGCUCUCCCCAGGACGAAACACCACUUAUGGUUUCCUGUAAGGCGUCUGUGGCACUUCUUGGUCAAACAGGAAAUCCUCCAGGAGAUUCUGAUCCGAUAUAUCUUCAGUAAGAAGCGGAAGCAGACUGAGAUACGGGGAGAGUUUCACUCCUCAUGCUGCGUGCGCACCAAUCGGCAGACGUGUGGAGGGAUCGCGACCCACACGCUCCAGUCUUUCCGUGUGGGGCGGGUGGUGCAGGGCAGCAGGCUGGAUUAGCCCUAAUUCCA